AUGUAUGCACCACCGAACAGUGGCAAUGUAGCAGCAAGAACCGCGGUUCCAGUUGCUGCGACUAUAGCUUGUUUAGCUUGUCUUUUAUUUCUACUUGCGGUUACUAUUGUACUAGCACUUAUACCUGUGUAUACACCAACAAAAACGGCUACAUUAAAUCCUGAUACACGAAAAAGCAAUGACGUCACAAUGUAUCUCAAUGCUGGCAGCACUUCAAGUGGAAGACGAAAAAGACAAACUACACAGUGGAAUACAUUAAUACGUUCUGUUGGUGGUAAAUUUGGGUCGUAUGGCAACACAUUAGUUGAAAAUGGGAUACGUAAGGUUUUACAAGGGCGAAAAGAAUUCGGGAGUGUAACAGUUUCAAGUGUUUUAGUUACAGUGGAAAGUAGUGGUAGAAAAAAACGUUUAUCACUUACAAAACGUCAAGCUAAUACAGUAUUUGUCUUGAAAGCUCUCUUCAACAUUAUCUUUGAUAAUACAUGCGGUUAUGCAUGUCAACUAAACGCUGGUCCUACAUUUAAAUCUCUACUUCAAAAUAAUUUGCCAUCUGCUUUAUCUCUCACUAAUGUUCCAAUUAUUGAUUCAAGCGGAGGAACGACUGCAACGAUAUCUUCAAUUCCUAUUACUGGAGUUUUAUACCUCACAAAUAUAUAUCCUAGACGCUAUCCUUUCGCUGCACCAGCAGCGCGUCCAACGGUCAGUAUAACAACGGCAACUACCUCAACAACAACAACAACAACAACGACCGCUGCACCAUAA